AUGACUGUUUCUCAAGUUUACUUCUUGCAGCCUGAGGGCGCGGUUUUAAGGAUUACCACCGUAUUGGUCCGAGAUCGAGGGAUGUACGAGUGCUCAGCGGAAAAUGCCGGAGGAGUCGCUAAGGGAUACGGGCUUCUGGAAGUUGAACGUCGAGAGGCGCCUGUGAUAGAAAUGAAUCCAGCGGCGACCCAGAACACAAUCGACGGGGCGAGUGUUUUAUUCCAGUGUCGAGUCACUGCUGGGAUCCCUACUCCAAGGAUAAUAUGGAAACGUGCUGAUGGAUCUCCUCUGCCCACCAACAGCGAAGUUCUUCAAGGAGGCGUCCUCAGGUUCAAUCAAGUACAGGGACCAGAGCAAGGGCAGUACUUGUGCACCGCGGAAAACGUGGCUGGAAGCACGUCAGCGAUCGCUACGCUGAAUAUUCAGGGUCGACCUGUCGUGGAAAUUUUGAACGACAAGCCUCUUAUGACGGCUGAAGGUUCAAGAGUCGCUCUGUUGUGUCGAGCAUCAGGCAAUCCACCACCGACAGUGUCGUGGAGACGUUACGACGGAGGACCUCUUUAUUCGCAAGGAUCAGCAGGCGGGGCGCCGCAAUCAGCGCAGUACAUGAUCGAGCGAGUGACGCGAGAGGACGAAGGCGUGUACGUUUGUUCUGCCCGGAAUCAGGCCGGCGAGGCGGAAGAUCGAUUGAACCUGAUCGUGGAACGGGCCCAGAGGCCGGAAUUACCCAACAUGCCACCUUACAGACCCGAGGAAACCCUGAGGAUUGAUCAACCCGUUUUCGUGGUCCUGCAUGGCCAUCGCGCCGAAAUGACGUGCAAUAUCAUCGCCGACGAUUCCCCCGGUGUGAAAUAUACGAUAAAUUGGCGUCGUGCGGACGGGAAACAGAUGAACCGGAACCACCGCAUUGUCAACGGGACCUUGUACAUAGAGGAAGUCCUGCGAGACGACCAGGGAGUUUAUGAAUGCUACGUGCUCAACAAUGGCGUGGAAUCCAAGGCAGCUGUUCGAUGUCGUCUCGAAGUUCUGGCACCACCGAGCGUUGAUCUUGUGCCAUCGAAGCAGACGGUGCGUCCAGGUGACGACGCAUCCAUCUCGUGUGUUGCUCGCGGAGAUGAGCCCAUCAAGAAACAAUGGACACGUACAGAUGGAGUCAUGAGUUCUCGAGUCAAGACCGCCAAUGGUCGAAUCAUGUUCCGGGGUAUCCAACUGGGCGAUGCUGGAAAGUAUGUUUGUACUGCGUCGAAUGCUGCUGGGGUGGCCGAAGGGAUUGCUGAGGUCAUUGUCAAUGAGCAAGUUCCGUUCAUUUCGGCUGACCAGAAUAACGUGAGAACAUACGUGGGCUCGACAGCGACGUUGAAAUGCAACGUGGCGAGAUUGGACAAUGCAUACCUCGUCGACUGGUCUCGUCAGUCCUUGAGUCUGCCACGAAGUGCCAUUAUCGAUGGACCAACAAUGCGAUUGAGAAGUGUGCAAAUUUCCGACAGUGGGGUUUACAUCUGCUCAAUUCGGGACCCCGAAACCGGGCGCGAAUCCACCGAUUCAAUCCGACUGGAAGUUGAACAAAUAUCGAACAUUGCAAUUAGAAUUACGCCGAGUCAAAGCAUCAUCAGACAAGGUGAUGACAUGGAAGUCAGUUGCAGUGUUUCUGGUGAUCCAUUGGCAACCGUGACUUGGAGCAAAGAUGGACAAAUGGCUAGUAACGUGAAGGUGGAAAACAACCGAUUCAUUAUCGACAAUGUUCGACUCGAGAAUGGCGGCAUUUACAGAUGCACAGCAACUACGAAUGCCGGAACAUUCCACGAAGAUUAUUUGCUUGCCAUUCAAUGUAAGUACGAUUUCGUAGCUAGAAAAUUAGAUCCCAGAUCAGCCUUCAAAUUUCUCAACGAUUUGAAUUACUUUUUGCAAGUUCACUUUUUCCCCACAUCAGCGACUCCUGAAUUCCCAAUGGAUGCGGAACAACUCUCAGUUCAAACCAGAAGUUCGCCAUACGGAGCAAAAGUUGCAUUGGACUGCAAAACGUCUCUCGAACCGCCGGUCGCCUAUGUGUGGUCGAAACAGGAUGGUCCUUUGCCCAAACAUUCAGUCAAUUCCGGGUCAAGAUUGACAAUUCAAUUUGUGAAGGCUGAGGACGCCGGGACUUAUGUGUGCACUGCUCGCAGCAACGGAAUGACUGUCGACAUCCCGACGAUCCUCGUCGUCACUGGUGUCGUUCCUUUCUUCGUCCAGGCUCCUUUGUCGUACAUGCAAUUCAAGACGUUACCCGAGAGCUACAAAGCAUUCAAAAUUGAGAUCUCCUUCAAACCUGAAAACCCCAAUGGACUGAUCCUGUAUAACGGCCAGACGUCGAACGGAGUCGGUGGGGAUUUCAUCUCGUUCGGUUUGAACGACGGAGUGCCCACAUUCCGGUACAACCUUGGAUCGGGUCCAGCGGUCAUUAGAGGGACCAAACCCGUCAAAAUGGGCUCGUGGCACACAGUUACUCUCAACAGAAAUGGAAAGAAUGGAAACAUGAUUGUCGACGGUGUCGGGCCUGUCGUCGGCGUGUCUCCUGGUCGACACGAGGGACUCGACCUCGUGGAACCCUUGUUCCUUGGCGGCGUUCCGGAUUUCUCCAAGAUCAACAAGCUCAAUGGGUUUGAAUCAGGCUUUGUUGGUGAGUAAAAG